AUGAGGACUCCGGAUGGAAGGCCGCUCAGCACGCCAACAGCCGGAAAUACACAUCCGGACGUCUUCUGGAUGCGCUCUGAUUCCACGAUGCGAAAACUUGACGACUUCGGUUGCCAGUCUUCAACUGUUAUCAUGCCAGAUUCAUUAACUGCGCCGUCGGUUAAAUCCGGAAAUGUGCUGGCUCUACUUAACACCCUCUACACUUCCGGCUUCGCCAUGGCUUCUUCCAGUACUCCGCUUUUAAAAGGUUUUUUUUGAAAGAAAAAAGACCACUCACAGAUAUUUGAUAAUUCUGAGUGCGAGAAGAUUAAAAAAAAAGGAUUUUUGUAGUCCCUCAAAAAUAUUAUCGCCGGAGUAUUCAAAUUUCUGAAAAUAAGAAAAUUACUCCGGAAAAGAGACAAACGAUACAUUCAACUUGAUUCUGUUCAAAACCUUUGGAGCUGUUUUCUUCAGGCCGCACAUUACAUGCUCUCUACGCAAUAUCUUUCAUCGUUUAUGUCACCAAUUGUGUUUGUGAUUGGCUGCACGUGUGUUUUACAAUAAAGGUAACAAUAAGGAAUAACAGCAAUGAUAUAACUUUUCUACUAGGGAUAUGUUACUUCGUUUCCUUUGAACAUGUGGCUGGCGAUUGCCUUGGUCGCCACAGCGGUCAUUGGAACUAUGUUCACAUGGCUUUUGCUUGUGAGUUUUGAAAAUAUAUCAGCAAUCAUAGAAAAAAGUUUAAGGUUCUUUGCGUUGAAAACGCAUUUGCUCAUAGGUUGGACAUCACCCCGUAUAGAAGCGGGUGUGCGCUAGUUUUUGAAAAUUUUAUCGAAUGGACACAGGUACGUUGAAGUUGGUGUUUGGGAACGUGAAGCAGGUUUUUUGAAGACGCAAUCUGUUUCAGAAAAAUUAUUCUCUCGAAAGUAGCACUUGUCUAAAUUUUUGAACAGGUGAAAACUGACUCUAACAACAAAGGUUUUUCUCCUUACCCAUUUUUUCAAAAAUUUUUUUUCUCCCUGGUGAUUUUUUCAAAAACUUGCCUGAAAACUGGCUACUGUACCGAAUAGCCUUACUUUAUAGUCUUUACGCUCUUGUAAGACCAGCAAGGUUAUUCGACCGAAAAUGAGGGUUCGAGUUUUGAAUCAAGUUCAAUUCCAGGCAUUCAACAACUUCCGGGUUUCUUUUCUAAUAAUGCUGCUCCACGACGCUCCGAUGACUAUCUUCAACUAUUUUUUUAUUGCCGCUUGUCGAUGUCCAAAUCCGAAAGUUUGUUCAGAAAAAGUGUCAAGAAAUAGCGAGGGUAACUCAGGUCUUCAGUUUAUUUCCCUGUUUGUGAGCGAAUUUUCUAAAAAUGAGGAAAAAAGCUCUUCCUUACCAAACUAUAAUCAAAACCUUUUAAAUCCUCACCAUUCCUUCUCACUUCAUAACUACAUUAUAAAAAAAUUACUCCUUAGAUUCUUUCUUGGCCUCUGAUAAUUUCGUCUCUUUCGAGCUGUAUUUCAUUAAUUUGGAGGAUAGCCGUACUUUAUUUUUCUUACAGGUGAGUAAAUCUCAAUAAAAGGUAGGAAACAAAUUCAGACGAAUGGUUUGCGCCAAAACUCCGAAAAAAAAUGUGACCGGUGUGAGUGUGAAUCCACCAGCCCUUCAGCAUUUUCGAGCAGCAAUUGACACGAGGUAUUUUCAAAACCAGAUAUUUUUUCAAUUUUGUGAUUACAGUAGCGCCAGCCAAGGAGGAAGGUUGAAUGAAAUGGACGAAACCUGGCCGAUUAGGUGGUCCAGGCUGAAAACUCUCGGGCCUCAUCCAGAAGUACUUGGCUUUUCAAAAUUAUUCAUGAAUUGACAAAUCGUAUAUUCCCGAUGAAAAUGCUUCUAAUUCUUUGAACUUGAAUAACAUAAAAAUCGUUUUCAGUACGUUCUUUUUCAAUUUCAGAGAACGAGAGAAGAAGUUAUAGCAAACGGGGAAACAAAUGGUAUGAUCGAAGCAAAGAAAGUUCUGAUCUUCGAGGAUUCCUACGACGUUUAUCGGUUUCCAGAAGAUGUUUGAAAUUUGUGGUUUCGUUUUUUGAUGAAAUGAGAACUCAGAUUCCAAAAAUGGUCCUCCAAGGAUUCUGGCGAGUCGUUUGGAUUCUCCUCUCUUCAAUAGUAUAUGUGGGAGCGUGCCUUGUGUGCUGUCUACCCUGUUUGUAUCACUACACAUGUCGACACAACAGCUUCUAUCAUCGGCAUAAGUUUUGCCGCAAUUUCAUUAGGUUCGAGAACAUUCUUUUUAAAAUACGUAACUUUUCAGAUAUGUAUCUCAAGUCUACCACUAUACCAUUUUCUAUUCGUCUUUGGUAUUAUCUGUAAUACUGAUUUUUUUGAACAUUGUCCUGCUCACAUCUGUGCACGGGCUUGGAUCCAACAGCAUUCCACCAGAAAUAGAUAAGGUUCUUAAAAUUCUCCUUUGUAUUAGGUUUAAUAUUUCAACCAAAGUUCGAGUAGGAACAUUUUUUAGUGUGCAUGGCGGACCUGGUUCGAAUUUUCGUGGUUCUGUUAAAAAGAACAGAAAGAGCUACUCUUCGAUUUAGAACUGGAUUUUUCAAAUUUAAAUUUUUUUCCUAGAAGAUACAAUCGAAAAAUACAACUCGGAACACAUUUUUCACAAAAACACAAUUUGCAUUAAAGCCUUUUCUGAUCCUUUUUGAGAAGCUUGUCUUGGUGUCUUAUGGCGCUCAACCAAUAAUCUUUCUUUUUUUUGAGUCCGUUCGCCUUAUAAUAUCAUAAACGUUUGGAAAAUGUCCGCGAUAUACAUCUCAAAACCUUUGUGAAUGAUUGUUUUACAAAAGAAGCCAAAGGUAUGCAUUUAAUACAUAAGCACCAAACUGGUACAAAAUAAAAUGGAAGUUCAGGUUUGCGUGACGGUUUCUCCUCAGUCAAGGAAAAUAUUUAUUGGCGUCUUGCCGGCUCCAGUUUUCAAAACGCAAUCGGAAUUUCAUAAAAUAUUGAACAGGUCUAAUCUUUAUAUAAACAGUCUCAUCGAGUUUCUCAGGAGACAUGCUGCUUCGGAUCCUUACGCGACAACGAAUUGCAAACCUUUGUGGGAAGAUGGUGGACUGGGCUUUGGACUUGCGAGAGCUCAGGCCGGAGUCUGGCAGAUGCGAACUCCUGCUGGACCUCACAUGAUUGUGGCUUACUUCAAAUGAUAAUAGGAAAUCGACAAUUUACAGGCAGUCGCCACCCAAGUUCUUUUUAAUCACACCGACUCCCAAUACCCUUAUUUGGAGCUCCGUUUCGAGCACGCCUUCUUUUAUCGGGCCGGCACUGUUGGAACCGAAAAGUUUCAAUGCAUCAAAAACAACGCGUGGUAAUAUGAACUCCGAGAGCAUGAUCUGAACUCACUAUAUAUUUCUGAGUGGGACUAGCAAAAACAUGACAUGAAGAUAUGAUCAUUCGUUGAAAGUCCCAGAUUAGAAGGCUUUUUGUUACAGGCCUAACAGUUUGCUUGGAACUUAGAAAAAAUUUUCUCAUUUUGAGAAAACAGAAAAAAGGGUGCGAUUCAUUUUGCAGUUAAAAUGCUCCAAAAAAAAUAACUUUAAUUUUAAUUUUUUUGCUUCUUAUUUACCUCUUUCCACUUCAAUUAUAAAAAAAAAACAAAAUAACGCCGUGGCUCUUUCAGUUUCAGUGCUAAUGCGGAUCAUGCUCUGGUUCGGAUAAACUCAUAUUUAAAACUACUCCAGGAGCCUGAUCACACCAAUCAACCGACUUCCCUGGCCCUAUUUUUCUGCCUGUCAGCAAAACUGGGAUUUCGUAGAAACGCGACUCAUCUCAUGCGACCAUUAUUUUAUCCGGCGACCACGCGUCUCUCGACGGCACCGAUUUCCAUGA